AUGCUGAAGAAAAAGUUAGAUAUCUUCUCCCUCUCUUCCUCUUUUGAAAAUUGAAAAAAAAAGACAUUUCAAAACUGUAAAGAAUUACAACCACAAAAAGAAAGAAAUUCUCGCUUUUUUGGCCAUGUUAUUUAUUCUUGGUUUUGAAGAAUCAUAUCAUAUUGCAACUGUUUUCUAGUCUGGUAAUCUUGUUUUCUCCUCAACUCUUUUUUCUAAUGUUCUGUAACAAAUUGUUCAUUACACGAAACGAAACAGAAAGAUGUUGUUGUAGUUCUUUUUUAAUGACAUGUUAUGAAGUGAUUGCUAAAAUCAUUACCAGUUUUGUGUUCUUCUGGGAAAUGUUGUGGUCCAGUCCAUUAUAUAGUUAAGUACUUAAGAUUUGUUGUCAGAGUGUCCUGAAAGCAAAAUCUGGGAAAGCUGAUAAGCCAAGUUACCUCUUUUUUUUUAUACAUAUGUUUUCAAAAGUUCCUAAAAAAUUGUUUGGUUUUGUUUUAUUUUUCUCUUCUUAAGGUACUUAAGUUUGUGAUUUGAUGAUGACUGGUACUACUUUGAUAUUGGAACCAGUUAUGGAUUCCAAAGAUGAGCUAGUGAAACAACAUGCCAAAGUUGCAGAAGAUGCUGUUGCUGGGUGGGAGAAAGCUGAGAAUGAAGUGGUUGAGCUGAAGCAAAAGCUCGAGGAUGCGGCUGAUAAGAACAUUGUCUUGGAAGAUAGGGUAAGUCAUCUUGAUGGGGCGCUUAAGGAGUGUGUGAGACAACUAAGGCAGUUUAGAGAUGAACAAGAGAAGAAUAUUCAAGCAGCUGUGACUGAGAGCACCAAGGAGUUGCAUUCUGCUAACACUGGUCUAGAGAAGCGAGUUCUUGAGCUCCAGAAAGAAGCAGAAGCUGCUAAAUCUGAAAACAUGAUGCUGAGACGCGAGUUUCUUACACAGCGUGAAGACCUUGAGAUUGUGAUGAUUGAGAGGGACUUGAGCACUCAAGCAGCAGAAACUGCUAGUAAGCAGCAUUUAGACAUCAUAAAGAAGUUGGCGAAACUCGAAGCUGAGUGCAGGAAGCUUAGGAUUUUGGCUAAAACAUCAUCAUCGCUAUCAUCUAAUCAAUCUGUGGAUAGUCAUUCAGAUGGAGGAAGGGAGAGAGUUGAGGGGAGUUGCUCUGAUUCAUGGGCAUCAUCAGCAUUUAUUUCUGAGUUAGAUCAAAUCAAGAAUGAAAAAGGCGGCAAUAGAAGUCUUCAGGGCACUACUUCAUCAACUGAAAUUGAUCUCAUGGAUGAUUUCCUUGAGAUGGAACGUCUUGUGGCUCUUCCUACUGAGACACAGGCUAAAAACUCCAAGGAUGGAUAUGAAUUGAGCUUAAUGGAGAAGUUGGAGAAGAUACAAGCAGAAAAGGAUGAUCUUGAAAGAGAAGUUAAAUGUUGUAGAGAAGCGGAAAAGAGAUUGAGCUUAGAGAUUGAAGCAGUUGUUGGUGACAAAAUGGAGUUGGAAGAUAUGUUAAAGAGGGUGGAAGCUGAGAAAGCUGAGCUAAAGACAUCUUUUGACGUGCUCAAAGAUAAAUAUCAAGAGUCAAGAGUUUGUUUUCAAGAAGUUGACACAAAGUUGGAGAAGCUACAAGCAGAAAAGGAUGAGCUUGACAGUGAAGUUAUUUGUUGUAAAGAAGCAGAGAAGAGAUUCAGCUUAGAACUCGAAGCUGUAGUUGGUGACAAAAUUGAGAUGGAAGAUGAGUUGGAGAAGAUGGAAGCUGAGAAAGCUGAGCUAAAGAUAUCUUUUGACGUAAUUAAAGAUCAAUAUCAAGAAUCUAGAGUUUGUUUUCAAGAAGUUGAGAUGAAGUUGGAAGCGAUGAAAAGGGAGCUUAAACUAGCUAAUGAAUCGAAAACACAAGCCGAAUCUCGGGUGACCAGAAUGGAAGCAGAGGUGAGAAAGGAGAGGAUUGUCUCUGAUGGGCUAAAGGAAAAGUGUGAGACAUUUGAAGAAGAGCUUAGAAGAGAGAUAGAAGAGAAGACAAUGAUCAAGAGAGAAAAAGUGGAACCAAAGAUCAAACAGGAAGACAUAGCAACAGCUGCAGGAAAAUUUGCAGAUUGUCAGAAAACAAUAGCAUCACUUGGGAAACAGCUACAAUCUCUUGCAACACUAGAAGAAUUCUUGAUCGAUACAGCUAGCAUUCCAGGUUCUGCAAGGUCAGUUCACAACAAGGAAGCUUUGUUAGGAAAAGAUCCUCAUGAGUGCAUCAAAACAAUCAAUGGAAGAUCACUUGAGUUUCUUGCAAUCCAGAACAGCAAUAACAAGACCUCACCUCCUUGUUCAUCUUCUUCGGACUCAACAACAGUGUCAUUAAUUAUGUCAUCAAACCGAGGGAGUUCUGAGAAGAAUCGCAACGGAUUUGCCACGGUUUUCACUCGAAGUAGAAACUCAGUAAAUUUGGGGAUUUAGGAGAAGCAAUAGGUUCGUUCUUGGAGUAUAGCUAGAAUCAAUCUGUUGUUAAGCUGGAUUUCUUACCAUAAUUUUCAGAUUCUGACUUGUUAGUAGCAAAAAGAUCACCCUUGUUUCUUUUGCUACAUAGUGUAAUCUUCUUAACGUUUAUGUCUUGUGAGAUUCAUCUUUGUUAUUUCACUGUCACCAGUUUGAUGGUCUCAUAUGAUGCAUUGUCACCAAGUAAAAUAUUGAUUUUUGUUUUGUUUGGUUAGAUAAA